AUGUGUCCACCAGAUCUGGACAACAAAUCGCGUUUUUUCUGGAGGAUUGGCAAUACACCGUCAUACACUGAGUUUCCACAGAUGCAUGCCGAUCCUGUCAUUCCGUACAAUUUUCCCGAGUGGAAAACAGUAAUGAAUAGUUGGGGAACGCUCAUGCUUGAAACUGUAAUAACUGUCGCAGAGAUGUGUGCACGUGGUUUUGGUCUGCCCGUUGAUACAUUCACAUCAUUGAUGAAAUAUGGACCACAUCUACUUGCUCCUACUGGUUCAAAUCUUGCACGCUUUGGCAAGCUAGGAACCGUGCUGGCUGGCUUCCAUUCCGACCUCAACUUUCUUACUAUUCAUGGGCGUGCACGUUUUCCAGGUCUUUCCGUGUGGACGCGAGAGGGCAAACGAAUAGCUGUCAAGGUUGCACAAGGAUGUCUAUUAUUGCAGGCUGGCAAACAAUUUGAAUGGCUGACGGGUGGUCAAAUACUGGCCGGUUUUCAUGAAGUUAUUGUCACUGAAGAAACCAUUCAGGCAAUUGACGAAGCGUCCAAAAUUGGUCGAUCACUGUGGCGCGUGUCGUCCACAAUGUUCACACAUAUUGCUAGUGAUAAUAUAUUGCAACCAUUGGAACCUUUUGCAACUUCUGAGACAAUGAAGAAAUAUCCUUCAAUCAAGGCAGGCGCACAGGUUCUAGCCGAACUGGCAGCUAUAAAUAUGUGUACAACAUUAGAUACCGAUGGCGAACCUGAAAUUUCGGCUAUGUGA